AUGAUCCGAUCCAAACCAAAAGCAGCCAAUCCCAUGGGAAAACUUUUUGGGAUUCAAGACAUGAAAAAAGUUCCAUCCAGCCCCAAAGUUUCUUCCAGCCAAUUGGCUGCAAACAGCCCGACAUGCUCCCAGUCUGACAGCAUCCUUUCCCAGAAUCCGUUCCUAUCUCAGACCCAAUUCGUUUCGCAAACCCAAGACUGGCACAGCAUCCCGAAUCCUGCCGCAGCACCAUCAGAUGACGGACUGUCAAUCCUCAUGAGACUAGCAGAUUCUCUGAAGCGAGAGAUUCACAUAAACCUCGCUGGAAGCGCACUGGGAAUCACAAGUCCAGAGGGCAUUGCAGGGCUCUCAGAUUCAGAUGCUUUUGCAAUCCCGGAGCUUCUCCCUCUUGCUCUGCUCCUCAGCCUUGUCUCAGCUCCUGGAAGCACCCCUCUCCCAUCCCAGUCUCACACUCCACUCCAAGCCAUUCUAGGGAAAACCACCACUUCGAACGUCCAUAACAACCCCCAAAACUCCUCUCAUCACCGACGGUCCAAGAUCAACAUUCUCCUGACAUCCAACGGCCGAUGUCCGAUCCAGGAGCGGUCCCUAGAAGUUGCCGCUCAGCUGGCCAGGCGAAGCAUCCGGCAUGUUAUGGGCUUGCAACCCCCAAGAGGCCGCCACCUUCUGGGAAAGAAACUCUCUGCAAAAUCCGACGAGCAUUUUCUUCCCAAUUCCGGGGUGGAUGGCUUAUCUGCUGGGAGCUUAGCCCUGGGAAGCUCUGGGAUCGUCCUGACUGACGUUUCCAGGGGUUUGGUGCGGUUGGAUGCGGGUGUGCUGUUGAGCCAGGCCAUGGACCGGCAUAAGAUCGUCGCGGGAGCUGCUGGUAUGGCUGUGGGCUGUGGAACAGUAUGGGCGACGUAUUUUGGUGAGGAGAAUCGAUCAGGAGGAGGGCAGAACGCCUGUUUGACCUCCAACAGCGGGACAAAGGAAACAGCUGCUCGGCUAGCAUCAGGCCUGCCUGGGCCUGUGCUUGCAGAUCUGAUCACUGCAAAGAAAGACGCCCCUCUCGCCAGAAUGCUGCCGAAAUUCGACAUUGUCCUGUCGCCUGCGAAUUCCUCUGGCAGUGGUCCUGUCUUCGGUGGUAUCGCUGGCGUUGGCGGCGCAGCCGGAAUCAAGCGGAAAAAAGGCAGCAAGAAAGCGGGCGGAAAUUCCUUUCUGGAUGGAGCAGAGGAGGUGGAUUCAUGGGAUUCGGAGUUGCCUGCGUUGAUGAGUAUGGCUGAGAUCCAGCAGCACGUUGAAGCUGCUAGCAGAGUGGCGGUGUCGCCCUCCUUCUCUGAGAAGGCAUGCAGUUCGUUGCAUGCGUACUACCUUGUGAUUCGCCGGGCCAAGGUGGACCAGGAUGUGGGUGACGUGUCGCUGCUGACUCUGGAGAGCCUGAUUCGAGUUGCCAUCGCGUGUGCCAAGCUAUGCAUGAGGCAGAGCGUUGUGAAGAGCCCAGAUGUGCUAAUCGCCAUUCUACUAUCUGAGCAGACCUUCAUGGCUAAGCAUGGGUUCCCCCUCGUGCCGUCGCUUGCAUCCAAGCUGCGGCACCAGCCACUGGAUGUGGUUCUGGAGGCUUUUGAGAGUGACCUGGAGCAUGUCAUGCCUCACAUGGACAGUGAGGAAUGA